UUCCUUAUAUUCAGUGUGUUGGUCUAUUGGGUUCAGUACAAAGCUUCCCAUGGCGGCUGCUGAUAUGAAUCUUGCCUUCCUCUCUUCUCUACUCCUUGUCUUUUUCACUUCUUCCCAUUCACUUUCUUCACAUAACCUCUCUCUUAGAAGGCAGGCUUCAAUUCUGGUUUCUUUCAAACAAGAUUUUGAAGCCUACAAUCCUUCUUUAGAUAGCUGGAAUGUAUCAAACUACAUGUCCCUCUGCUCUUGGACUGGCAUCAAAUGUGACACCAACGAAAAAUGGAUAGUCUCACUGGACAUAUCCAAUUUUAAUCUCUCUGGCUCUUUCUCACCCUCAAUCGCUGAGCUUGGAGCCCUUCGUAAUGUCUCGGUGGCUGGAAACAGUUUCGUAGGAAUUUUCCCGCCAGAAAUUCACAAGUUGGCAAACCUACAGUUCCUCAACAUAUCCAACAAUCUGCUUAAUGGUAGUUUUAACUGGGAAUUCUCUCGGUUGAAGAAUCUGGUGGUGUUGGAUGCUUACAACAACGAUUUCUCUGGCCCACUUCCACUGGGUGUUACUCAACUUCCAAAGCUGAAACAUUUGAACCUUGGUGGAAACUACUUUUCAGGGAAAAUACCGCCCAGCUAUGGAGGUAUAGAGCAGCUCGAAUUUCUCUCCAUUGCUGGAAAUGAUUUACGUGGUUUUAUACCUGGUGAGCUUGGUAAUCUUACUAACCUAAAGCAGCUUUAUUUGGGUUAUUAUAAUCAAUUUGACGGUGGAAUCCCACCAGAAUUUGGUAAGCUUGUAAAUUUGGUCCACCUAGACCUUUCAGCUUGUGGCUUGGACGGUCGAAUUCCACUGGAAUUGGGCAAUCUGAACAAAUUGGACAGAGUUUUCUUGCAAACAAAUCAGUUUAGUGGUCCGAUUCCUCCGCAGCUAGGAAACUGGACUAGUUUGAAAUCUCUUGAUCUUUCAAACAAUGAACUCACUGGAGAGAUCCCAGUUCAGUUCUCGGUCCUCCAAAUGCUCACCCUAUUGAAUCUCUUCAUCAACAAGCUGCAUGGAGAGAUUCCAUAUUUCAUCGCAGAACUACCCAAAUUGGAAAUCCUGAAUCUUUGGCAGAACAAUUUCACGGGAUCCAUUCCUUCCAAGCUUGGACAAAAUGGUAAGCUGACCGAAGUUGAUCUUUCUAGUAAUAAACUCACUGGAUUGGUCCCCAAAUAUCUCUGCUCUGGAAGGAAAUUGAAGAUUUUGAUUUUGCUGAACAAUUUUCUGUUUGGACCUUUGCCUGAUGAUCUGGGUGAAUGCAAAACACUCUUAAGAAUUCGAAUGGGGCAGAAUUAUUUGAGUGGACCAAUUCCAAAUGGUUUCCUUUACUUGCCUGAGCUCUCACUGAUGGAGCUACAGAACAAUUACCUCACUGGACUAUUUGAAGAAGAGAAAAGCAAGGUACCUUCAAAUCUUGGCCAGCUGAAUCUCUCCAAUAAUCGCUUAUCGGGCUCUCUUCCUACUUCCAUUGGAAAUUUCUCAGGUUUGAAGAUUCUUCUCUUAAGUGGAAACCAAUUUACCGGAGAUAUCCCACCUGAUAUUGGACGUUUAAAAAGUAUAUUGAGGUUAGAUAUGAGUAGAAAUAACUUAACUGGGAGAAUCCCCUACGAGAUCUGCUAUUGUCUCUCCCUGACUUAUUUAGAUCUGAGCCAGAAUCAACUCUCUGGCCCAAUACCAUUCCAAAUAUCCAAAAUUCACAUAUUAAAUUACCUCAACAUCUCUUGGAACCACCUGAACCAGAGCCUUCCCAAAGAGAUUGGGUAUAUGAAGAGCCUGACAUCGGCAGAUUUCUCACAUAAUAACUUUACUGGCUCGAUACCUGAAACUGGACAAUACUCAUUCUUCGACUCUACUUCUUAUGUUGGCAACCCUAGCCUAUGUGGGUCCUACUUAAAUACAUGCAAUUACUCAUCAACCUCCCCAUUAGGAUGCAACAGCCAGAAUAACAAAAAAUCUAAGGUCCCGAGAAAAUUUCAGCUCUUCUUUGCUUUGGGACUCCUAAUUUGUUCUCUUGUCUUUGCUGUAUUGGCGAUUAUCAAGACCCGAAAGGUAAGAGAGAAUUUGAAUUCAUGGAAGCUCACUGCAUUUCAAAAGGUAGAAUUUGGAAGUGAAGACAUCGUAGAAUGCUUGAAGGAUACCAAUAUUAUAGGGAGAGGCGGAGCUGGGACUGUUUACCAAGGAGCAAUGCCAAAUGGCGAGCAAGUUGCAGUGAAGAAAUUGGGAAUAAGCGAAGGGUCUUCUCAUGAUAAUGGUCUCUCUGCAGAAAUCCAAACAUUGGGAAGGAUCCGACAUAGGUAUAUUGUUCGGUUGCUGGCGUUUUGUUCAAACAAAGAGACCAAUUUGCUUGUUUAUGAGUACAUGCCAAAUGGGAGCCUAGGUGAAGUUCUUCAUGGGAAGAGAGGUGGGUAUCUCAAGUGGGACACUAGACUGAAAAUAGCAAUAGAAGCUGCAAAGGGCCUGUGUUACUUGCACCAUGAUUGUUUCCCUUUGAUAAUCCACAGGGAUGUGAAGUCAAAUAACAUCUUACUCAGCUCUGAUUUUGAGGCUCAUAUAGCAGACUUUGGACUUGCCAAGUUCUUGCAGGACAAUGGAACUUCAGAGUGCAUGUCUGCGAUUGCCGGCUCCUAUGGCUAUAUUGCUCCAGAGUAUGCAUAUACUUUGAAGGUUGAUGAGAAGAGCGAUGUUUACAGUUUUGGGGUGGUACUUCUAGAGCUAGUAUCAGGCCGAAGGCCAGUCCGGGAUUUUGGGGAAGAAGGGUUGGAUAUUGUUCAAUGGGUGAAGAUUGAAACAAAUUGGAGCAAAGUAGGAGUGGUGAAGAUCUUAGACAAACGACUUUCAAAUGUUCCAAUACACGAGGCAACGCAGGUCUUCUUUGUUGCUAUGUUGUGUGUUCAAGAGCACAGCGUGGAGCGACCCACCAUGCGAGAAGUUGUCCAAAUGCUUGCACAAGCUAAACAAUCCAAUACAUUUCACAUGCAAUGAGGUCAAAUCUUUAUUCUAGCAGUUCAUCAAUGUCCUGGAGCUAAUGGAUGACUCUAGUUAAGUAAUUGUAGUAUCAGCGUCAGUGCUAGUAUCGCAGUUGGCUAGUCCUUAUGAGAACCGUUUUCUUUUUUCUUUUUCUUUUUCUUUUCCUUUUUAUAAUGC